AUGGAGAAUCUCGUCUCAAGCCGCUGUAAAGUUCAAUCCUUGUCUGAGAAGUACGUUUUCCCAGCAGAAAUGCGACCAGGGAAGAUAGAUGUUGCUUUAUGUGAGUCCAUCCCAGUCAUAGAUCUUGAUGAUAGAGCAGGUCAAAACCGAGCCAUUAUUGCUCAGGAAAUUUUAAAGGCAAGCCAGGAGUUCGGAUUUUUCCAGGUGAUUAACCAUGGAGUUCCUGAAGAUUUGAUGAAUAAUGCAAUGAGUGUCUUCAAGGAAGUCUUUGAGAUGCCUGCAGAGGACCAGGCGAGCAUCUACUCUGAAGACCCAAAUAGAAGCUGCAGGCUUUUCACAAGUAGUUUCCAAUAUUGUCAGGAAGAUGUUCACUACUGGCGUGACUAUUUGAAACAUCCUUGCCAUCCUGAUCUGGAUCAAAACAUUCAACAAUGGCCCGAGAAGCCAACCGGAUAUCGGUAA